UGACUGACUGCUGUUGUCACACCUCCAUUCUCUUCACCCCGUCGGAUGUUUCAUACAGCAAGAAUACACAUCUGGCAACAACAAUAGCAAUCCUAUGAAAUCAAGCUGCUCCUGUCAACAUCUUGUCCUUCACCUGUUUCGGAUUUUCACGGUUUACCGUCAAACAGAUAUUCGGAAUUCAGUGGAUAAAGAGGAUUAUGGAGGUGUCUCUGUUCUAAGAUUAAUUCUGCACUAUCCUUAGCAAAGCACAGCCCUGAGUAACCAUGGCAACAGCAGUAUCCUCUGAAUUUUUACAAUGUCGUCAGUGUGGAGAGUAAUGCACUCAAAGGCUGCUGACAGGACCAUGGCAAAGGUUUAGGUAUGAAUUUUCAUCCUUGGAUGGAUGAUACCUGGUAACAGCUGCCAUGUUUGCAUGUAAUGGCAGCUCACUGGAGGGUUGUGGCCUUCUUGAACCAAUGGAAACUGAGAUACAAGAGCCUGAGACUCCCCUUAUGCCCACCACUCUCAGGGUGGCACUGGCUUCCAUCAUGAUCUUCAUGAUCACCAUUGGUUUUCUUGGCAAUGCCAUAGUGUGUCUGAUUGUUUAUCAAAAACCAGCAAUGCGUUCGGCAAUUAAUCUACUCCUGGCCACGUUAGCCUUCUCCGACAUCAUGCUGUUGCUGUUGUGCAUGCCUUUCACUGCCGUUACUCUGGCGACAACGGACUGGAGCUUCGGAGUUGGAUUCUGCCGUGUGUCGGUUAUGCUUUACUGGCUAUUUGUUUUGGAGGGUGUGUCUAUCCUUCUUAUCAUCAGUGUUGAUCGCUUCCUCAUCAUAGUUCAACGGCAAGACAAGCUGACACCCCAUCGGGCAAAAAUUCUUAUUGCAGCAUCAUGGGCUCUGUCGCUCUGUGUAUCCCUGCCAUCUGUGGUGGGCUGGAGGACAGCUGGGAUUGGGGCGCAAGUACCGCAGUGCAUUCUCGGAUAUAGCGAAUCGCUGGCAGACCGGGGUUACACGGUGCUACUGGCGGUAGCUGUAUUUUUUGUGCCAUUCAGUGUGAUGUUGUAUUCAUACCUGUGUAUUCUAAACACAGUCCGGCGCAAUGCGUUGCGCAUCCACAAUCAUACCAGUGAAGGCAGUGUUGCGAUCAACCAAGUCAGCAAAUUGGGUUUAACUGGUCUGCAGCGCCCCCAAGUCAACGUGGACAUGAGUUUCAAAACCAGGGCUUUUACCACCAUCCUCAUCCUUUUUAUUGGCUUUUCUGUGUGCUGGUUGCCACAUACAGUGGUGAGUCUGCUGGCAGUGUUUAGUAGGCAGUUCUGCCUCAGCUCAGCCUUUUACCCGAUCAGCAUCGGGGCACUCUGGCUGAGUUACCUAAAAGCAGUCUUCAACCCGGUGAUAUACUGCUGGAGAAUCCGAAAGUUUCGUGAGGCCUGCUUGGAGUUUAUGCCCAAGACCUGUCAGCUCUGUCCCAAGAUUCCUGGAAGAAGUCGCAGGCGUAUAAGACCCAGCAACAUUUAUGUGUGCAGCAGUGAAACCCAGUCUUCCGUCUAAGAUUGCAGCAAAUUAUAUUUAAAGGAAUAGUUCACCCAAAAAUUAUAUUUCUCUCAUCAUUUACUCACCCUCAUGCCCUCUCAAACUCAGAUGACUUCCUUUCUUCUCUUCUUUUGUUGAACAUAAAUAAAGAUUUUUUAGAAGGGUAUCUGAUGUUUAUAUCCAUACAAUGCAAGUCAAUGGGGUCCAAAACUCUCAAGCUCCAAAAGAACAUAAAGGCAGCAUAAAGGUAAUCUCUGCAACUCGAGUGGUUUAAUCCAUGUCUAAUAGAGCAAUACAAUUGUGUCAGGUGCAAGGAAGUGUAAUUGAGCUUCUAUCAUGAAUGUGACAAGGAGACUGCAGUUCCAUUUUUGUCUGUUUCUCACCCAAAACCAAUUGUAUCGCUUAAGAAGACAUGGAUUAAACCAAUCGAGUUGUGUGGAUUACCUUUAUGUUGCCUUUAUGUUCUUUUUUGGAGCCCAUUGGCUUGAUAUGGACAAUUGAAUUGUAUGCACAAAAACACUUCAAAUAUCCAUCAAAAUAUCUUUGUUUGUGUUCCACAGAAGAAAGAUAGUCAUACAAGUUUGAGACGGCAUAAGGGUGAGUAGAUGAUGAGAGAAUUAUAAUUUUUGGGUGAACUAUUCCUUUAAAAUGACCAAGCUAAGAAUGGCUUGUUUGUAUGUGUUUUUAAAUCAAAGUUUUGAUAUGACACGCUUACGCCAGCAAUGGUAUUUACUGGCAUAGGUUGGUUUUAAAGGACUGUAUUUGAAAUCCCAUGGAGAUAAGGAAUCUUUUGAAUGGAAUACUUAACAAAUCCAAAUACACUUGCAAUAUACACUUAUUGUCCUGAAAUGGGUAAUUUAUUUAGUUUCUGCAAGAUUUUACAUGUUCUGUAAUUGUGUAAAACAUGGAAACUGGCAAAUAAAGCAA